GUGUGUUUGUGUGUAGCUCUUUGUGCAGCAGAGCACCGCGCCCUGAACGCCUCACUGCAGAUCCCUCCGCCAGGUGAGCCGGAUCGCGCAGCGCAGGUGAAGCUUUGUGAGGAUCGGAAUUAAAGAAAGGAAAGAGUCAUGGAGCCUCGAGACUAAAAACCAGAACCAGAAGAGACCAAAACCAGAACCCCGUUUCACUGAAUCCACCUCCCGCUGCGUUCAGGGACUGUGUUUAAACUCGACGACCGGAUUUAGCUGACCUGCGACCCGAACACCAGGUUGACCCUCUCUGAUGGCCCCCCGAUCACCCCCCCCGUGCAGUGGGCUCAUCUGACUCCUCCCCCUCCGCUGACCCCUCCCCCUCCACUGACCCCUCCUCUGACUCCUCCCCUCCGCUUCUUUACUUCCUGCCCCCCUCCCUUGCAGUAACCAUGGAUACGGAUACGGACGACACGCCCGGCUGUUACUACAACCAAAGCGUGAGGUUCUUCUACGAGGCGAGCGGGAAGAACAUCAGCACCCACUGGCGUGACCGUGACUACGUGAUCGUGACGCUCGGCAUGGCGGUGUGUUUCAUCGUCAUCUUCUCCAACCUGCUGGUGAUGGCGGCCAUCUUUAAGAACCGCCACUUCCACUUCCCCAUCUACUACCUGCUGGGGAACCUGGCCGUGGCCGACCUGUUCUCAGGAGUGUCGUACCUGCACAUGAUGUUCCACACCGGCCCGUGGACCAUCAGGCUGUCUAAGUACGGCUGGUUCCUCCGGCAGAGCCUCAUCGACACCAGCCUCACCGCCUCCGUGCUCAACCUGCUGGCCGUGGCCGUGGAGCGCCACCAGACCAUCUUCAACAUGCAGCUGCACAGCAAGAUGAGCACCAGGCGCGUCUUCGUCAUCAUCGUCUUCAUCUGGCUGCUGGCCAUCGUCUUGGGGCUGGUGCCCACGAUGGGAUGGCACUGCCUGUGUGACCUGAAAAACUGCUCCACCAUGGCGCCCAUGUACAGCCGCAGCUACCUGGUGUUCUGGGCUGUGCUGAACCUCUUCACCUUCUCCGUCAUGCUGGCCGUCUACACACGCAUCUUCGUCUACGUGAGACACAAGAGCCAGCAGAUGAGCCAGCACACGAGCCAGAUGAGGCACCGAGAGACCGUGUUCAACCUCAUGAAGACCGUCUCCAUGAUCCUGGGUGAGUGA